UCCUCUGCCUCCCUCGCCUGCAGCCACAUCUCUUCAUUUCUCCGUCUGCUCAGCUUCUCCUCCUGCUUCUCUGUUGGCCACAUACAUCUCUUCAUUUCCUCCUCCUCCUCCUCCCUUCUCCCUUUUAUUGUGACUCUUCAUCUUCGACAUGUUUCUCACGUGAGGUCCGCUAACUUGCAGAGAGCACUGUGGAUGCCGAGUUGAGAAAGAAGAAGAAGGCUUAGUCGGGGAAUAAGGAAAGAAACUACGCACGUUUGCAUCUUUCAUUGAGUGCCUUGGAUUGAACGCAGCAGCAAUAUGGAUCUGUCAUUCAUGGCUGCGCAGAUCCCAGUCAUGACGGGAGCCUUCAUGGACUCCUCGCCCAACGACGACUACAGCGGCGAGCACUCGCUCUUCAACUCCUCGGCCAGUGUCCACGCCGCUGCCUGUGCCGCAUCGGUAAACGGCCAGCAGGAUGAGUCGCAGUCCAUGUCUAGCGAUGCCAUCUGGCUAUGGAUUGCCAUCAUUGCCACCAUUGGAAACAUUGUGGUGGUUGGGAUUGUCUACGCCUUCACUUUCUGAUGAAUAUAUGCUUACAAAGACAAACACGCACAUACACAUCCUCAGUUUUGUGGAACUCUGGACCCCUGAGCGAGGCAACGCUUUGUAGACAGACACUUUCUUUCUCUCUCUUUCUCUCUCUCUCUCACGCUCUCUUUCACUUUCUCUCUUGCACUUGGCUUUUGGAUCAGUUUGAGCCCCUAAGGGUAUGGAAGUUGUGAUACUAGAAAAUGACAUAUAGACUGCUAUAUUUCUUUAUCAGAGGGGAAGACCGUGACUUGGCUGCAUUUGUCAGCACAAAGCGUUUUUUGGAUGCUUCAACUAGCAGUUUGAAAAGUAGCGUUUGUUCCUGACAGCUCUUUAGUUAAAAACAGAAACAUCAGACCUGCGCUCUCAACCAAGAAUCAAAGGAACAUGUUUUUUGUCUUUUCAGCUAAGUUUGUUUCCAUGUCUCUCCUUAGGCAACACCUUCAUUAUAACACAGGGAUGAGAAUGGAGAUUAAAUGGGGCUUAAGAUCCAGGUUAAUCCAGGCCAUCUUAAACAUCCUCUAGAUAGCUGCUUAACAAUUUAGGGCACUGCUGUUUCAUUAUGCGGCUGAACAGAGAUGGAAACAGAUUUUAAAACAUUUAGAAAGUGGUAGGAUUAUGUUCAUGCCAGGCAGCCCCGAGGCCCUGAACGUUGGAGCUCAUUUAAGGACUAGGUUGUGGAUGAAACACGCUGUGGAUAAAUAUCAUCAGUGUAUAUAGCAUCUAAACUAUUUUACUGACAGGAAAUCGAAAACUAAUAUGUUUAAAAUCUCCUAAAAAUGGUUUCUGGAAUGCUAACUUAAAUAUACUCAAUCAAUGACUUCAUGAUUAGAUAAAUGGUGUCAAACUAAGUCAGCCCCUUUUGAAAUGGAUGUUCUUAUUGUCAAAUACUUACAGUAAUAUUCACCAGGGAUUUUAAGAAAAUCAAAUUGCAUCUUUAUGGUCUGGUGAGUCAUGUUAAGGUAUUAUAUACAGAUGUUAAUAGAAUACAAUUAAAAGCACAAAUUAAAUUCCAAGAUGACGUAGCUUACUUUACUGACUGCACCUGAUUAUUUUUUGUAGUUUGUUUGUUUUCAGUACAGCUUGUAAAAGUAUUUCUUAUCACUCAGAAUUAAAAACAACAGGGCAGAUUGGUAAAUGUAUGUGUUCAAAAGUAAUUUAACACUGACCAGAUACGUAAUGAACUUUGUGAUAAAUGUAUAGCAAUGUGAGGAGGGAGAGGAUGCCUCAUUUUGAAAUGAAAUGUAGUCAUAUAUCAAGAUGUCUAAAUGUGCCACUGUUUAGUACAUUUGCUUUGUGUUACUGGGGAAUUCUGGAGGCAGCUGUCUCCAUGGCAACUAAUCCUUGUCCUAAUUGGAUUCAACAACUUUACUCUGCAGCUCAAGAAUCAACCUGCAGCCACUAAUGCAAUGCAUGCUCUUUAUUCUGAGCAUUUAAAAAUUGCUUGCACACAAAGAAAAUCACAGCAAAUAUUGUACUGCAUUAACACAAAUAUGACAUCUGGAAACUAGUGUUGUUCUUUUACUUUGUUAAUUAAUUGUGCUUUGCUAACACUGUUUUAUUUACAUUUUGUUUUAUGAAUGCAAGGAAAAUUACCAUAGACCUAUCAUAGGAGCAUUAUUAAUAAUAUAACAUACUAAUUUAGUUUUUCUGAAUGUGAAGUCAGUGAAUAAUUUUAUUUUGUAUUGAAAAACUUAUUGAUCUAUAUGUUUAGAGAGAGAGAGAGAGAGAGAGAGAAAUUGAAAGAGGGUACUUUUUUUAGCAAAUGUAUUUCUUCUGGGAUUUCGGAGUUAAUCAAUCAUUAUGCUUUAGGUUAAAAGAUAUGAACCUCUCUUGUAAACACAAUACUGUACACGUUCAAAUGUCCAUACACUGCGGAUUACAAUACUUGCUUACUGUAUCAACUGUAGCCUACCAAUGUAGUCUUAUUAGGACUUCUGCAAAGUUCAAAGAAGGACUUUUCAAGACGGUUAUUUUUAUUAAAUGGUUGGUGUAGAAAUACUGUAUUUAGACAUGUUGUAAACCACAUACACAAUGCUCCUUUUGUAAAGACAUAUGCUGCUAAUAAAAUUUCUGUAAUAAUG